AUAUUUGAAUGUACAUAUAACGACGAGCUUGAAAGUGAUAAAUUGUUUAUAAACUUUGGUGUCUGUUAUAAACUUCAAAAUGUUAAAAUAUGAUUAUGGAAAACGCAUCAAAGCGAUGAUAAAUCGUGAAGUUGGAUUGGAAAAACGAGAAGUUUCUAUAAGCAAAUUGAGCCAUAAAUAUCACGAAAAUCUGAUGGACUUAGAAGCGCGGUUUCAUGAUCAAAAUGCGCGAUAUGAUAAAAUAAAAAAUAGAAUAAAAAAGGAAACUGAAGAAUGCAAUGAGAUUCAAAAAACGAUAGACGACUGGAAGAAGCGAAUAUCAGAAAUGCAAAACGAAGCUCAACGCUGCGUAGCUGAGGCAAUACACAACCGCCAACAAUUAAUUCAGCAAUUGGAUGAAAUACAUGCAUUAAAGCUAGCAACCAAUACAUACAUUAAUUUGCACGCACUUCCCGAACGCAUACAAGGAGUUUUUGUACAAGAGACAGAAGUUCACAGGGGUUGGCACCCUUUUUGCUUUAAACCUUUAAGUCACACGCCAGAGGAAGUGCGACAAAUUAUUUGGGGCAAUUCAGAAAAUGCUGUGGCCUAUAGUGAAGCAUGGGAGCGUCUGGUAUUCCGUUCGGUACGCGAAAUGCUGUUGCAAUCAACUAAGGGCAGUUAAUUUGUUCUUUAGUAGUCUUUGUUUUAUAUGAUGUUUCUAACAUAAGUUAAUAUAAGUUGUGCAUAUAUAAUAUACAAUUAUUUUAUUAUAUUAAGUAGUUU